GCCGCCGGUCGGCCAGGUCGCCCGGUCCCUCAGUCUGGCGAAAAGCUCCGUUGCCCACCCUGAGGGCUUCGCAGAAGGAAGCUGGCAGUAUCGCUGCACCUUAGAGACGCGAAGGCCGAGGCUCUUAGCUCAAGCUUCUGGUAGUAAGGCCUGUGUGCCUGGCAUUCGGGGUCGGGGCCUACGGUGGGCGAGGAGAAACUCGAAGUAUCUACCCACCGCACCAAACAGUACUCAUUCGUCGCUUCCUUUCGACUUGGAGCUGGCCAGUAUCCCGGCGUCCUCUCGGCCGACGCUGCGGUCUGAAGCCACUCUGGCCGGCAGCCGACGUCUCUAUGGCUCCGACCGAGGGGCGGAGGACAGGGGCGGGGCCGCUGCUCGAGCUGCGGCCGGUUUGAACUCAGAGAACCCGGGGGUGCUGGAAAUGUAAACAAGAAUAGACUGUUCAUUCCUGAUGGCUUUUAGUCUGUACUAACAUAUUGUUUGUCAUGGCAUCCGAGACUGAAAAGACCCAUGCUUUACUGCAGACUUGUAGCACUGAAUCUCUUAUUUCCAGCCUUGGUCUGGGGGUAUUUUGCCUCGUAGCUGACAGACUUCUUCAGUUUUCCACAAUUCAGCAAAAUGACUGGCUUCGUGCUCUCUCAGAUAAUGCAGUACAUUGUGUAAUUGGCAUGUGGUCAUGGGCGGUAGUCAUUGGAAUCAAGAAGAAGACUGACUUCGGAGAAAUCAUUUUAGCUGGAUUUUUAGCCUCUGUAAUUGAUGUAGACCACUUUUUUCUAGCUGGAUCCAUGUCUUUAAAGGCUGCUUUGACUCUUCCGCGAAGACCUUUCCUUCACUGUUCUACUGUGAUACCCGUUGUGGUUCUGACCCUGAAAUUUACUAUGCACCUUUUCAAGCUCAAAGACUCAUGGUGCUUUCUUCCCUGGAUGUUAUUUAUAUCCUGGACUUCACAUCAUAUCCGAGAUGGGAUUCGUCAUGGUUUGUGGAUAUGCCCAUUUGGAAAAACUUCUCCUUUGCCAUUCUGGUUUUAUGUAAUAAUCACAUCAUCUUUACCUCACAUCUGUUCAUUCGUUAUGUAUUUAACAGGAACCAGACAAAUGAUGUCUUCAAAACAUGGAGUUCGUAUUGAUGUCUGAGGUAACCACACGGCAGUCUUAGAGAAGCAAAUGGCUCACAUGAUGAUAAUUAAGAGUAGCCAACGUUAAAGUUAAUAUUUAAAAAUACAGUUAGGUGUUUAUAUUAUUUAGUUAUUAUAAUUCUGGAAUCCCCUUGCUCAGGAAGCAUGUACAACUUUUUUAAAAAUUAUACUUGUUAUUAUUCUACUUCUCUCUUCUAUGACAACUCUAGUGCAAUGUUAGAGUUUCAUUUAUUCCACGAUAUAUUUUUAUUGUUUUUUUCUGUUUAUCUGGCUUUACUAGUAGUUCUUUUAGAUUAACAUCCAGUUCAUUUUCUGGAAGUAUACCUGGAAUUUAGUCCAUUUCCUAAUGAAAAACAGCUCAAAUUUUAGGGUAACUAAUUUGUAAAGAGUUAACAUUAUAUUUGGAUCCAAUUUUCUUGAGCUAUUGAAAUAGUGAAAUCGCCAAAUAAAUGAUAUGAAUAAUUUAACUAUACAAAUGUAUAGUUAAUGCUAACAUGUAUUUUCAUAUAUGUUCAUCCUGAGUGAAAUUUAAUUUGCAGAAUGCUUUAUGAGUUAUGAUUACUGGCAAAACCUUCAGAGCACUUGUGACACAUCAUUAUAAUAUCCAGUAGCUAACAUUAAAUCUAGCUUAUUAUUUCAGAAAUUAAUUUAGGAAAUAAUUAUUAAAACAUGUUGGCUACAGUAACACUUUACUGAAGUAGUAUUUUUUAGUAUCUGUAGCCUAGAAUCUCGUGUGUUAGUUUUAACUGUUUUGAAAAACAUAACUAAAUGUAAUAUUUGUUAAUAAGUAACAUUAACAAAAUAUUGAUAUUUGGAUCAUAACCAUAACAUUUGAAUUCAUGCAAAAAAAAGACCAGAAAUGUCAUUUCAAAUGUAAAUUCCUGAAUGUACCAUUAAAAUUGUUUUAGUUGCUAUCAGUUUGUUUAUAUACUAUUUUAUAUACUAUUCUAAAAUAUUUUACUCUGCCUGAUACUGAAAGACAGCAUAUAUUUUUUUCAAAAUAAAGUUUUAGGAAAUUUGCUUUUUCCUUUUUCUUUCAGGUUGAUCUUCUAUUAAAAUGAUUCCUCUUUAUUAGAGAAGGAAAAUUUAGUUGCUAUACAUCUUAUAUUUGCACAGUUUAUUAAAGUCAGUGCCCUAAAGGUACCUGCUUUUCUUUGUGGCAUAUGUGGCAUCUGCUGUCUUCAGAUUUUCUUACAGUUUUGUGAUUUAUAAUGCUAGUGAUCGGUGCCUUAUUCUCUGAGGAAAGAUGGAGGGUUCAUAAAGCAAUGCCUUAUCCACAGCAGAUUUUCUUGUAUAUUAAGUUAAACACAAUUCUGUAAAUUAUUGUGAAGGUUCAAGCUCUUUAGGGGAGUUUUUUUUCUUGUUGUUAACAAAUUGGUUGCAAUCUAUUAUAUUUUGCAACUGAUUAGAUAUUACAGUCUACUUAUUUUUCAAGAGUAAUUAUUGUAUAAGUUUGGUUGGUAUAAUGGUAAAUAUUAUAUAGUGGGGGUAAAUUUGAUUAGAGUUUUUUUUUAAGCAUCUGGCUUCAGAAAUCCAUGGAAAUAAAGUCUGUAUCUUGUGUAACAA